GGUCGGCCAAUCAUUACGAGCUACGGUUUCUAUUGGCACUAAUUCCGGUGUCCCAUUGGCCGAGCUGGUUGUAAACAGUGAAAAUGUGCCAUUCGGCCGGCGGUUGGCGAUGCUGGUAGUGGCGGUGAAGCUUUUUGAAGCCGACGCAAUUUUUACCGCGCCGUGUUUAUACCCAAUAGCAGUGCACGGGUGGUGUUAUUAGCAGCGUCAGCGGGAUGCCAAUGGUGUCGCUGAUGAUGGUGGAAACUGUGCUACCUGCAACAUUCGCACAACCCCGAUACCUCGCCGUCCCGUUGCGAUAGCGUGUGUUAUUAUUGUUGUUAGCCGUUUCCUCCGUCGUCUACCGUCGAACCGUUUUGCUUCGAGGCGAGCGUGCCUCUUUGUGCCUAGUGACAUUCGGUGCGCGUUGUUGCUGUUGUUGUGCGAGUGUGUGAAAAAAUAGUGCAACCUCAACCUCAGUCAGCGGAAACCAAUCAAUCAAGCAGACCAAUCAACAUCUGGCCGAAGGUUUGGCGCCUCUUGCCUUGCGUUUGGAGCAAAAGCUCCCCCAAAGCAGCAGCAGCAGCAAGUGCAGUGCAACCCUGCUCCACCAAUCCUGCCUGUUGGCGCGAGCGCGCACACACACACGCACGAACGCACGUACGGUAGGGCGCACCAAACGUCAGUCGGUCCCGUUUCCUAUUCGCGGAGCGGAUAGACAACCGAUUGGAUAAGAAUAGUAGCGAAUCCGGGCGAAGAUUGCUCCGGCUUCUUCCUGUGGCGAGCUUGCGUUGUUGGUGUUACUGCAGGAAACCUGUCAAGCAAAAGCGAAACCGAAACAAACUAAGAGAAAGAAGAAGAAGAAAACGACACAAUAAGAAGGUGAAAACUUGGGCAAGAAGAGGGAACGAGAGCAUAAGACAGAGAGAGAGAGGGAGAGGGAGGGAGGGAGAAAGAGAGUGAGAUUGCUACCCCACUCCAGCUCCAGCUGCUCCAGCUGUGGAUGCAUUUGAGCCCCAAUGAGCUGCUGGCCCGUAAAAGGGAAGCGACCGUACAUAGGGCGACUGCCUGCGAACCCCUGCACUGGCUGAGCAGGAUGUGCUUAUGAUACGGUGAUACAUAGGGAACCGGCCGCAGCCCAUGGUAUCGAUAUUGAAGGCAAUGGAGACGCACUCGAACCCGGGCUCGGGCGCGACGGCCGGAACGGCUGGUACGCCGACGGUCACGGGAUCGCGCACGACCACCCCGAUGCUGACGUCAUCAUCUGGCUCGAACGGAGCAACGGCAACAGCAGCAGCAGCAGCAGCAGCGACGAGUGGCGGCGUGGAGUUCGGUUCGGGGGGCAAGGAGCGCCUCAGCGAGUCGCAGCGAUGCAUCCAGAUGUUCUGGCCCGCCGUGAUGAGCGAGAUGCAGGAGAUCACGCACGUCGAGCCGGGCAACCAGGUGCUGCCGCUGGCGCGCAUCAAGAAAAUCAUGAAGCUGGACGAGGACGUGAAGAUGAUCUCGUCGGAUGCGCCGCUGCUCUUCGCCAAAGCGAUCGAAAUAUUCAUCCACGAGCUGACGCUCCGGGCCUGGCUGCAUACCGAGCACAACAAGCGGCGCACGCUGCAGCGGAGCGACAUCGCGAUGGCCAUCACCAAGUACGACCAGUUCGACUUUCUCAUCGACAUCGUGCCGCGCGAGGAGAUCAAGGUGUACAAGAAGGAGUACGAGGUGAAGGCGGUCACCAGCGGCGGCCCGGCGACACCGGGCAGCACGGCCAGUGGGGCGGGCGAGAGUGAAGUGCAGUACUACCUGCAGCUGGCGCAAACGCAUCACCAGGCGCUGCAGCAAGCGACGACGGGUACGAAGCUCACCACGGCCACACCGGUGGCGGUGAACGGCGGUGGCGGUGGUGGUGGUGCUGCAGUCUUGGAACUCGCCACUCCGACGACCAACGCUACGGAACCUCCACCGGGUGCCAGCAACAACGAGUCUCAAGCGACCAGCGCGCAAUCACCAACCGGUCCGGGCACGAUACAAGGCGGCUCGGCGCCGAACAACAUCAUCUUCUCGAAUUCGGUCGCCACCGGAGCGAGCGGCAAUCCGAUGCCCGUGCAGUUGUUCCAACACGUCCUCACACAAUCUGGCGAAAUCACACAAAUUCCGAUUUCGAUUCCACAAAGCCCACUGAACUUUCUGCGGGCGGCGGGAGGGGCGGCGGGGACGGCCGGCGGUUCGGCUCAGCCGUUUUUCAUCCAGGCAGCCCCGAUGGGAGCGGGUCCCACCAUCAUUCACACCACGCCGGCCGGCGUCUUUCUUAGCGCGAGUCAACUGCAUCAGCUACAGCAGCAGCAACAACAGCAGCAGCAGCAGCAGCAGCAGCAACAACAACAGCAACAAACACAAUCUGUACAGCAGCAACGGGACUGAGCGCGUCCGUUGUUGAACACGCCAAACUGCGAAGCGCUAGUAUAACUGAAACGGCCGUGCCGAGCGUUUUAAAAUGUAAAUAUCUUCUUUUUUUUGAGGCCCUUUCCUCGACUGGACUAGGGAGUGUGAGAUAGGCAAGUACCUUUGCGAGGAGGUAUUAUAUAGAGUAGAACACACACACACACAGAUUUCGGAACAUUAGGGUUACGCUGGCACAGCAUGUGUGAAGUCUUGAGGGAAUCAUAUGAAUUAAUUUAGACAUUUUAUCAACUAUCGAAAACACCCGUUUUAGCACCGUAGGGUUCUUUAAACAUCCCUAUUGCUUUGAAAUCUUGUUUGUUUGGAAUGCUGAAUGUUUUUUUAGCGAUAUUUUUGACCGCUCUUUGUUGGACGCUAUAACUUCUAAUUUUUUAUGCUUUUUCUUAUCCUUAAACAGCUACAGCUUUUUAGUAUAUUUGUAGACUAAAACGGUACGGUGAAAAGCAAAAACAAAGAUCGACUCCUUUUUAACCUUUAUGCUUUUCGAAAUGUAAAGUGUAAAUUCCAAAAAACGUGUGUGCUAGAACGCAGAUCGCAUUAAGCAACAUAAAAAAAAUAAUUAAAUUAAAUUAGUUAAAUAAAAAUCCACAAUGACCUCGUUGUGGAUUUUUAAAUUUUCCAUAGGCUUUGCUCCAUUAUUCAUUCGCAAUCGUGUCGAUGCGGGAUGCGUUACUAUGGAGAUGGACGUUACUUUUGUUCUUCGAGGUCAAUUUAUGGUGUAA